UGCGUUUCGCCUCGAAGUUCGGGGUUCUGCUUCUGGUGGUAUACGUAUCCAUUCCCACGUCGCGCGCGCCCGUAGCUUGGCGUUUCCUCGUUAGUAGACAAGACGAGACGUAGACGUAGACGCAGUACGACCACGCUGACGGGACGGAACAUGGCUCACAAUACGGCUCCGGAGUUCGACUCCAACGUCGUCUGCCCGCACAAUUCGGACGGGAGGGGCGCGCCUGUUUGUUGGGACUGCGCCGAGGGAGGCCGUCUCGGCCGGGCCGGAGAGGACUCGCCAGCUCCAGAAUAUGACGAUGCUAAGAAGAGAUUCGUGCUCAGGGGUGGUGGGAGCAAGAUCCUUGACAACGGAGCCUUAGCACCAGAACUUCAUCCGCCCGCGGAAGGAAUCGAAAUCGGCUCGCCCGAUCCUCGAACCGUCCCGCCGGGAAAGGAGGUCUUCCAUGAGCCCCAGACUAUAAACGCCCUGGAUGAUUAUACUAAGGACAAACAUGACGGUUGGAAUGCGGAAGCGAACGAGAAUGCUGCCACCACCACCUCUAAACCACAGACUAUCCUCGGGUUUCGAAAGAGAGUAUUCUGGUUACUCUUGAUCUCCAUGUUUGUAGUAGCGUUUGUGGGAGCGGCCGUCGGCGCGGCAGUAGGAGUGACCCAAAGAAACCAAUCUAUUAAGGCUUCGUCGGCUACACCAUCACCCGCCGUAGGCGAAAAUCAAACCACAGGCCCCUCAAAUCCUACGACCACUCCCCCAACUACUCCCUCCUCGUCAUCGAGUACGAGCGGCAAGCCCACAGCUACUCCAAGCGCAGCAGCGCGCAGCUGUCUCGGCGCGGACGGAAGCAUAUACACAGACCCAGGCACAGGGGCGAAGUUCCGAAUCGAGUGCGACGUAGCGCACCAGGGCCGCGAUAUCGAAAACCUCAAGGCCUCAUCGAUGCCGGAGUGCGUGUCGCUAUGCGCCAAGAACACGCGUUGUACAGGCGCUAUAUGGUACGACGUAGGACCGCAGGGGACGGAUCUUAAUUACUGCUGGCUCAAAAGUUCCAUGGACGAUAGCGAUAUAAGAUCUACGACAGACGCGCAAUCGGUAGUUCGGUUAUAGUAGGGGAAAAGAUAAUAUUUAUUCGUCCGAGGGGAUGAGACUCGCAUCAUGCGCCUUGACUUCCCGACGCUGAGUUUAUAACCAAGUAGGUAGGUACCUAGUGGGUAAUGAUGUGGGAAGCAAUGUACCUAUUUUAUGUAUCCUAACACAUAGUCUCACUGUAACCGAAAUCAUGUAACAAGAGCCGUUCUUUUCGACUCUGAUAAGUUUGUCAGUAUACAGUAUUAUAAAAAAGGGAGGAAACAGGGUCAACUAGUACAUAGGUAACUCGUAUGUAAUAGGAGG